GACUCACGAACAAAGUUCAAGAAUGCUGCUCUGGCCUCUGCGAGCCUAGAAGACCAGAGGCAUGACUCGGCAACAAGCCAUCUCGGGACAGGUCGGCCUGGGCGAAGAGAGGAUUUGCGGCUCAUCAGUCAAUCGUGAAUCUUACGAUCGAACCCUGCGCGAUGAGCAAGUCGAUGUUGACGAACGUCGUCGUUGUUGCGUCGGUUGGUCCUUUAGCGCGAGCAUGGAAAGAUCUCUUCCGACCCUGCAUGUGCCCCUUCCUCGGCCAAAUUCGCGUUCAGCCGCCGAGGUACCGAUCUCAACACCCCUGCUUGCCUCCGGCCGGUGAGCUCGUGCUGCGAUCCGUGCUCAUUUGUGACGAGACUCCUGCGCAUCGACUCUCGUCUCUCAUCUUAUCUUCGCGACUCCGAAAGUGGCGUGUUUGUUGGGUUGCGAUGGUCUGUCCGCUCUCUUCAAUCACACAUGCGCGAUGCCAUUCGCGCUUUGUCGAAGCAUGCAACCGUCAAGUGUCACAACAGUCUUCUUGCCGGAAACAGUAGUCCAGUGCCACUCACGACUCUGCAACAUUGCCGCCGGAUAGCCGUGGUAGAAGUGCACCCAAAGAAUUCCGCGCAGACGCUUACAGCCAUGAAUGGUAGCCGGCCGUUAUUGCU